ACUCAGGGAGCGCAUGCAGAAAACAACCUGGUCUCAGAGUUGGCAACUGACAAAGGCGGUGGCGCGCUCUGCGCGUGCACAGCAGGCAGCGGAGCCUCCCAGGGCCCUACAGCCGAAGCCCAGAGGGUGCGAGUGACACCGGAGGGCAAGCGGCGCGUGCGCGAACCCGUGGGCAUGGCUGAUUUUGGAGCAGAUGAGCCCUCCUCCAAGUCGGACAGUCCUGAGCCAGAGGGCAGUGGCUCUGAGGACAGAUCACUGCUCCAUCAGAGGCUGGCUAUCAGAGAGCUCAUCGACACAGAGGUCUCCUACUUGCACAUGCUCCGAGUGUGUGCCUCUGACAUCAGGAGCCGCCUACAGCAGCUGCCACCAAGAGAUCUGGACAUCCUGUUCUCGAACAUUGAUGACAUCAUCCAAGUGAGUGGCAGAUUCCUUCAGGGGUUGCAGGAGACAGCCUGCAGAGAAGAGGAACAAACGUACCUGAUUGGUAACUUAUUUCUAGAAUUCCAAGAGGAGUUUGAACAAGUCUAUAAAAUCUACUGUGCCAACUACGACCAGGCCCUGCUGCUGGUCAAGGAGUACCAGAAGGAGCCAGAACUACAGAAGUCCAUCCAGGGCAUCAUCGAAGCAGCAGUCCCGCAGGCUGGACCUUCAGGUCUCAGUUUCUUGCUUGUAAUUCCUCUGCAGAGGAUUACCAAGUACCCCCUGCUGCUGCAGAAAAUCCUGGAGAACACACCCCUGGAUGCCAGUGCCCACCCUGUCCUUCAGAGAGCCACCUCUGCCCUCCAGGACGUGAACAACAAUAUCAACGAGUACAAGGCGCGAAAGGAAGUAGCUUUAAAGUAUACCAAGGUGGAGCAGCUGAGCCUUCGGGAGCGGCUGGCCCGCAUCAACACACACACUCUUUCCAAGAAGACCACCAGACUGAGCCAGCUGCUGAAGCAGGAGGCAGGGCUAGUACCCAGGACUGAGGACAAGGAAUUUGAUGACCUAGAGGAGAGAUUCCAGUGGGUGUCUUUGUGUGUGACAGAGCUCAAGAGCAAUAUGGCUGCUUACAUGGAUAAUCUGGAGACUUUCCUCUGCUUCAGGCCACACGAAUGGACUUUGGACAUUCCAGGGGGCCCUGCGGAACAGUACUGCAGCCUAGCCAGGGACCUUCAACUCGAGGCCUUCCUGCAGUUUAAACAGCGACUGAAAGGCCUGGUGUGGGAACCACUAUGCAGCCUGGCCAGAGCCCUGGCUGGCCCUCAGAACUUGAUCAAGAAGCGUCUGGACAAACUCUUGGACUUCGAGCGAGUGGAAGAGAAACUGUUGGAUGUGGGCAGUGUGACCUAUGAGGAGGAGGCAGCCCGGCACACGUACCAGGCACUCAACUCCUUGUUGGUGGCUGAGCUCCCACAGUUUAACCAACUGGUCACACAAUGGCUGGGCCAGAUCCUCUGCACAUUUGUGGUCCUCCAGAAGAGGCUUGCUGAUCAGGUGCUGCGAAGGGCAGAGAGCAGCAUGGCCCUGCUGCCUCAUCAGCAUGUCCCUGAGCCAGACUUCCGGAAGCUGCUAGAGGACACACUAGGCCAGAACAGUGGCCAGCUCCGCUCCUUUCAAGAGAACUUCGAGAAGGUGCUGCCACCCCCUACCACUCAGCCACUCCUCCCAGGCUCUGAGUACCAGCUUCAGGCUCUCCUGACCAAAUAUGGCCCCGGGAAGCUACACCAGGUGACAAGCAACAUCAAUGGGACUGGGGCUCUGGACCUGACACUGCCCCGGGGCCAAAUCGUGGCCCUUCUACAAAACAAGGACACUAAAGGCAACAACAGUCGCUGGUUGGUGGACACGGGAGGACACAGGGGAUAUGUGCCAGCUGGAAAACUUCAGCUAUACCACCAUAUCAUUCCCAGUGAGAAGGAGCCCAGAGGCCAGACAGGCAUACAUGAAGACUACUGGCUUCCAGCUCCAGAGCCCACCCAAUCCUCUGUCUCCACUGUCCCAACCAUGACCCAGGUGGUGGCAGCGUACCCUUUCGUGGCCAGGAGCACCCAUGAACUGAGUCUACAGGCAGGCCAGCCUGUAACAAUCCUAGAAGCCCAAGACAAGAAGGGGAACCCAGAAUGGAGCCUGGUGGAAGUGAAUGGGCAGAGGGGAUAUGUGCCUUCCAACUUUCUGGCCAGGAUCCCGAGCCCAACCCCCUGGGGCUGGAGUCUGUCCUCUUAGCACACCCUCGGGCCCACAUUCCUAAGGAGAGGGAGGGGUUUCAAGGUUGUGUGACCUAGCAGUCAUGAUGCAAAGCUAACUGAGGGUGAGAGGAGGGGAGGGCAUCCAGAAGGCAGCAGGGAGUGGUGACGAGGCCUUACUGAAUGCCUCGUGUGGGUGGCCACAGUGGGUGGCCACAGCAUUAUCACUCAUGUCUGCAUAAGGAAGCCAUCUCAGUACCACAACUGAUCAGCCAGGGCUUGCCACAGCUCGAAGCUGGUCCUACCUCUACCUCUUGCCUCUUUCAUGAAUAGGAUGAAUGUUGCCUGUGUGUCGGGUAGCACACGGGUGGGGGCAUCACCACAGAAGAGCUACCCGCCUCAGUGGUACCCUUCCCACAGCACUGCCAGGAGCCACCAUUGCUUUCUGACCGCCUUUUCUUUCUUGCCGCGUCGAGUUGAGUUACUACUAUGGACAGUGAACUGUGAAAAAUCCUGCUCAAAUGGAAGCCAUGGAUCCAGGCGAUUCUCUGCUGGCUCUGGGAAUGGGUAUGACCUACGCACAGUUCUGGAAGGUGUGUACAAAGCCACAGGUGGUUCCAGGGAAGAGGGGAACUUGAAGGAGGAUCAGCGGGGUGUGUGAGGCCGAUGGCAAUGGGAUAUCCUGCUGCUGUUUUCUUUGGACGAGGAGACAAUGGGACUUGGCAGUCAACCAUGGCGGAAAGUCUGUGAGAUAGGUGUCUACUGGCCUGGUGGGUUGAGUAGGUGAGGAAUAGCUUGGUUUCCCAGUUCUGGAGGAGGAGCCGGGGAACCCAGAUGGCCUAGGUUUGCUUCUGAGGGUCUGAAGGCAACAGAGAGCUGCAGUCAGGUGGAUGUGGGGGCUUAGGCAUAGGUUACAACGGCAGUUUCCACCUAGAAAGAACUAAGUCACAGGAUACAGUAAGGAUGACAGGAGACUGAGGAUGCAGAGGACCCUUGUCAACCAGGAAGUGUGACACCCAUGCAAAUAUGGUUAGUGAUGUCAGGCUAGCCCAGCCAUUGGCUAGCCUGGGUUAGCAGGGUGGAGCAGUCCCAUAGCCACCUCUCCUCUCAUGUCUAUGCUAACAGUGUGUCCUUCCCUGAAACCCAGGUUCUGCCAUGGGGCCCAGUCAGUAUGGAUUAACAACAGACACAUUUUGAGACAUACCCCAUUACAGGAUUUUGUUUUCUGUGAACACUGUGGAGUGUGCAAACUAACAAGGUUACAACAUCACUAGGUGAUGUAACCACAUGGGACCAUGACAAGCACACAGUCAUUGUGUGUAGCUGUUGGUUGCAUGACACACAACGGGAGUGCAGUCUAAGGAGCCAAAGUCCCAAUAGUACUUGGUGAGCAAGGCAUGUCUCAAAUCUGGGAACAGCAGCCCCUCAAAACUAGGGCCUGUUCCAGGAUGACAGACCCACUGGGGCAGUGUUGGGUGUAGUCACUACUGGGCAAUGUCAAAAGUCAUUAGAAGAUCCCAAGACAGAGAGAAGGGUGAUCCCCUGUGCUCUUUGUACGGCUGACAAAUUUGGAAUCAACCCUCUUGAGACAGUGUAAAACAGGUGACUAUUUCAGUGUUUUCAAGACUACAUCUGCUCUACAACUCAAGUGCCCAUUUGUUAUCUCUGGCUUCUGAAGGGCUCUUGAGAAAGGCAUCCUCAUCUGUGUCAGAUGGUCUGUAAUGUCCCUCCUCCGGGCUUGUUAAAGCAGGGAUACUGUGAGGCAAGAGCAAAACUCCCCAGUCCCUUCCCAAUCUCAGGUUCACCCGAGGAUGCUCUCAGUUCACUUUCUGUUCCCUUCUCAGCCUCCUGGUAAAAAUAGGAAGUGCAGACAGACAGGUGACACAGCGGGAACCGUACCUGCACCUGCGGCUUCCACACCUUUUUACUGCCAGCUCAUUGUGUGUUGAGACUCUAGCUUUGGGUUCUUAGCAUGGCUGCUCACUGCAAUGACCUGGGGAACUCUAAACUGCAGCAAACCAGCAGCCCACUCAGAGUAAGCUGAUGUCUUUGACCUGGCCAUGGCUAUGGCCUUGGGGUUCAGAAAGGUAACCGGGCGAAUCUCACAUGCAGCUACUAUAAAGACCUCUGCCCUAGACAUGCAGAGGUGAACAGCUAGAUCUGGGCACAGAGGUGGGAAAGGGUAAGAUAGGUUGUGUCCCAGCAGAGAUUUACACUAGCUGUCAAAGCAGGAAGCGUUAGAGGCAGUUUGAAAUAGGACAGCCUGUUCUGUCAGGUCCCAGAAUAUGUAUUUAUUAAGUGCCAUUAAAAGGGACCUGAACAAAAUUGGAUGUUCUUGUAGGCAUAAGGGAGAAAAAUGAAAUAUACUUAGAACCAAGGCUAUCUCAUGAAGGAGAAAUAAAAAUGCAUCCAGUACAUGUGGGUUAUAGUUUCUUGGACCAGGGGUGAGAUUAAAAGUCACGGGAGAGUGAGAGAAGGCUUACUGGGAAGAUGGAGCAUGGCCUGGAUUUUCUCCAGGGGACUCUGUGUAAUGUGCCUUUUACCCCCAAUGCCUAGAGCCAUUGCACUGUGUCUUAUUUAUUUCACUCUUGGGCUGUCACGUGCAUACUCACAAAGAUAGUUGCCUAAGAAUGGAACAAAACUCCCAGGAGCUGAAAGAUAGUUCACAUGGUAUCCUUGCUCUUCAAAGUGAAGUUACUACUCAUUAACCCUUUGAGAUCCAACUUAGUUUAGGAUACAAGGAGAUUGUAUUAUCCAAGAGGAGACGAGUGGAUUCUUGACUAACGUGAUGAGCAUGAUGUGAACUCCUGGCAAUAAAGGACUUUCUAUGACUCCC